AUGUUUGGGAAGCAAUGGAAGAGUUUGUGCCUGCUGGCAGGGAGCUUGACGGGCGCUUUGGGCUUGGGGUUGGCGGAGGAUCCAGAUGUUAAGGCCAUCACUUUACGGACACAUAGUCUCGAGACUCCAUACCUCGACUCAGAUAUGCAGAGCCGCUGGUGGGACUUUGGCGGCGAUUGUAUUAUUCGCACCGACAAGUACAUCCGCCUAGCCUCAGACAAGCCCUCGCGCAACGGUUGGAUAUACUCGCGCGUGCCGUUGACCGCGACCAACUGGGAGAUCAUGGUUGAAUUCAAGAUCUCCGGCCAAGGCAACCUGUACGGCGAUGGCUUUGCGAUGUGGCUCACCAAGCAGCGCGCCAGCCCAGGCAACGUUUUCGGUGCCGCCGACAAGUUCGAGGGCCUCGGGGUCUUCUUCGACACGUACAAGAACAACAGGCCCGGCACCGUGUUCCCCUAUAUCAUGGCUAUGAACGGUGAUGGGACGACACCAUAUGACAAGGACAAUGACGGCAAGGCGAAUGAGCUCGCCGGAUGCUCGGCCCGAGGCAUUCGCAACGCCGGAAUCCCCACCAAAGCCCGCUUCACCUACUUCGCCGACAAGUCGCUCAAGCUCGACCUCCAGUACAAGCAAGAAGACGAAUGGACCGAGUGCUUCGAGAUCGAGAACUUCAAGGUGCCUCCCGUGGCCUACCUCGGUUUCUCCGCUGAAACCGGCGAGCUGUCCGACAACCACGACAUUGUUAGCGUUCGCACACAGAACCUAUACAUGAAGGGCGGCGCGUCAUCUUCAUCGAGCACUAGUAAGAAGACUGGCAGCAGCGCGGUCAGGCAGAAGGAGAGCAGCGGGAGCUGGGGCUGGUUCUUGUUUAAGUUCGUACUCUUCGGAUUGGCGCUUACAGGUGCAUACGUUGGGUAUACCGUUUACCGCGCCCGGCAGAGAGAUCGAUUUUAG